AUGGACUCAAAAAUAAUGGAGGUGGCUGCUCUGGGUCGACCUUUCACCUUAGGGAUGCUCUAUGAUGCCCGGAGUGAUAAACUCAUCCCAGGUGUCACACUGUGGGAUGCUAAAACUCUGCAGGAGAAGUCAGUGGAGAAAAAUCAGCACAGCAGUGAGUUUGAAGUCAGUAAGUCUGAUUCCACUAAAACAAAAUCCUCUCUGCUGGAUGUUAAUGCUUCACUAAAGGCCAGUUUCUUUGGUGGACUCAUUGAAGUUGGAGGAUCAGCCAAGUAUCUGAAUGAUAACAAGAAAUCUCACCAUCAGAGUCGAGUCACACUUCAGUACAAAGCUACCACCAAAUUCAAACAGCUGAUGUUGACUCCUGAUGAAACCAGGAACACUCAAGAAGCAGAAGAUGUGAAGAAUUUGGCGACACAUGUAGUCACAGGAAUCCUUUAUGGAGCAAAUGCUUUCUUUGUGUUUGACAGUGAGAAGUUAGAUGAUAGAAGCAUUCAAGUCAUCGAGGGCAGCAUGCAAGCAGUGAUAAAGAAGAUCCCCUCAUUUAACUUUGAGGGGAAAGUUGACAUCAAGCUGAGUGAUGAAGAAAAAGCUGUGACUGAUAAAUUCACCUGCAAGUUCUAUGGAGACUUCAUCCUUCAAAGCAACCCUGGAACAUUUGAAGAUGCAGUGAAGACAUUCAUCCAACUUCCAAAACUACUGGGAGAAAACAGAGAAAACUGUGUUCCACUGAAGGUCACACUGAUGCCGCUGAAGACUUUAGAUCCAGAAGCUCCUGAGAAACUGACUGAGAUCAGCAUUGUACUUGUUAUAAAGGCUCAAGAUGCUCUGGAGGACCUCUAUAACCUGGACAUAAGAUGCAAUGACCUGAUGAACGACAGAGUGGGGAGAAGCUUUCCACAGAUACAAGAACAAUUGAGCAGAUUCAAGAAGCUCUGUCAGUAUUUCAGAUCUUCACUCCAGGAAACAAUGGCAGAGAAACUUCCCUCCAUCAGGGCAGGUGAGGAAGAUGAGCAGGAAUUAGUGAAAGUGUUUGAUGACAGAGACAAGUCACCGUUCAGUCAGAAGAGAUUAACCAAGUGGAUCAAAGAGGAAGAAAGAGAAGCUACCAUCAUCAAGUACUUUGUAGACGAGAUGGAGGGAACAAAGAUCAUCUCAGAUCAGUCUGAGCUGGACAGAGAGGUGUUUAAACCACGAAUAGAGGAAGUUCUCUGCUUUGUUUUCACCUCCCUGAAAUCCACUGACCCAUAUCUGCAGAACAUGUCUGACUACUUGGAGAAAAAGAAACUGGAAGGUACUGAUGGUAACACUCCACCUGCCCAGGACCAAUGGUACCGCUCAGAUGAAGUGAUAAAGCAGAUGACAGAAAAGGCCAACGUUGUCCAUGACCUUGCCAAAGCUCUGAAGAAUGACAACCGAUUCUCUUUCCUAGUAGCAGCUAUUGCAAAUGACAAAUACAAAGGAGGAAGUAUCUACCACUACAGGAAGAACUUCCUGGUCACUGAUGAUUUCUCAAGACCUGAUGUCACUGAUGUGGAAAAGGUGACGGACAGAAGAGAUCUGAUCUGGUAUGCCUGCGAUCUCACCCUGGAUCCAAACACAGCAAACUACAAUGUCAUUCUGUCUGAAGGAAACAAGAAGGCAACAUACGGAGAGGCGCAGUCAUAUCCUGACCAUCCUGAGAGAUUCGAUACUGUGCGUCAGGUUCUGUUUAAAGAGGCUCUAAAUGGGCGCUGCUACUGGGAGAUGGAGUGGAGCAUAAAGAAAGGUUUAAAUCCUGCUUCUGCUGUUUGCUACAAAACAUUAGAGAGAAUCGGGAACUAUGAUAACUGUGGCUUUGGAUGUAAUGACAUGUCCUGGUGCUUUGGAUUCCUUUGGGAUUCAAAACCUACUUACUAUGCACAACGUCAGCAUCAGUACAUAAACCUAAUUCCCAGUCCAACUCCUGGCUGCUCUCGACUGGGAGUGUUUCUGGACUGGCCUUCAGGCACUCUGUCCUACUAUGAAGUGUCAGCUGACAAGCUGAGACACAUUCACACCUUCAAAACCAAAUUCUCUGAGCCUGUUUACCCAGGAUUCUACGUAAAUGCAAAUAGCCACAUAUCACUGCGUCUGUAA